AUGGAACUCUCCACCCUUCCUCUCCUCAUCCUCCUCUUCCUCCACCCCUGGCGCAUUUUAGCCACAUCCCCUUCCUGCAGAAGCACGUGCGGUUCCCUCCCUGUCAAAUAUCCCCUCGGCACCGGCCCUGGCUGCGGCUCCCCUCGCUUCCAGCCCUCCGUAUCCUGCGCACCCAACGACCAGCUCCUCCUCACCACCCACACUGGCUCCUACCCCAUCACCUCCGUAUCCUACGCCACCUCCACCUUAACCAUCACCCCUCCCCUCAUGUCCACCUGCUCCUCCAUGCACCCUUCCCCCAACUUCGGCCUCGAUUGGGCCACCCCUUUCCAGGUGGGCCCUUCUAUCUUCCUUCUCUUAUCCUGCGCCUCCCCUUCCUCCUCUCUCACUUACAAAGGCACCCUUCUCUGCGAUCUCUCCAACUCCCACCUCUGCUCAUCUCUUUACACGUGUCCCUCCGUCAGCUCCCUCGGCCUGGCCUCGUUCGCCCCUUCAACCUCUUGCUGCGUCUACUCCCCCGCCAAUCUCGGGCCCCACAUGGAUCUCGACGUCCAGGGGCUAAAAUGCGGCGGGUAUGCGUCGGUUGUGUCUGUGGGGGAUUCCCCCAGCGACCCGACCCGGUGGGAGUACGGGGUGGCGUUGAAGUUUGGACAGGGUGGGCUGGAUAAUUACAACUUUGCCACGGCGUGCGACGCAUGCGAGAAGAGCGAUGGGGUGUGCGGGUAUUCCCCGCCGAGGAAUUUCUUCGUGUGUGUUUGCAAGAACGGGGUGAAUACCACGUCGGAUUGCGUCGGGCAGGUGGUGGUGGAUUUUUGGAAUGCGGGUCCGGGUUCGGGUUCGGCUCCGAGAGAAGGUAGGAGCCGCUGGAUGGGGAUAUCAUGUGGGGCCGACAUUGCUGUCCAUCGCGCUGUUGUGGAUUGGCUAGAGCAUUUGGUUGGGUUGGCUGGUGCUGAUUUGUUUAUGGCUGGAGAUAUUGAAGAGGUGAUUACUGACACGUGUCAAAGAUCCAGGCCAUCCGUAAAGAUGCCGUGGCAGAAAUACCUUGAAUAUAAUCUCAAAUUCACAUUUUCCUAA